AUGCUCAAGUCGACGCACAGAUCUGCGGGCCUGCAGCCCUCGACGUCUCUGCCCGAAGGAUGGACCGAACACACGGCACCGAGUGGCCACAAGUACUACUACAACAAAUCCACAAAAUCUUCCACCUACACCCGGCCAACUAUUGAAACCACUGCCGCCAACCAGGGAGAAGAGCCGCUCUUCGCCGAGGAAGCGGGCCCUGAUCCGAUUGUGCAAGCAACUCUCCGCGCACAGGAAGACUUUGCCCGUCAAACAGCCCAGCCCGGACAUUUCACUGGCGGAAACAGCUAUCAACAGCGUCCGCCUCGGAGAGGACAUGGCGGCGACAGACCGAAGACAAAGGCCGCCAUUCCGGACUGUGGCGCUUGGGUGCUGGUAACCACGAAGUUCGGUCGGAGAUUUGUACACAACACGGAGACGAAGCAGAGCUUGUGGAAGUUCCCACAGGAUGUGAUGAUGAAGGUUAUUGACAUGGACCGGGCUGAGUGGGAAAGAAAGCAGAGAGCUAAGGCAAUCGAUGAUGCUCAAGCGGAGAAGACGACGAAGGAUGACGGCACGAUGACUGUACCGAAAUCAGCCAACGAAGCCGCAGACAAGGCCGACCCGCCUCAGCAGGAUGGCGACGAGUCCUCCGACUACGAGGAAGUGGAAGUCACCGACGACGAGGCCGAAGGGGAGCCAGGCAUCGCACCCAAACGCCCACGCCUGUCCGUCACACCACCACCCGCGACCGGUCCCGCAGAACUCACCGAAGACGACAUAGCCUACCAGCUCGCAGCCAUGGAAGCCGACUCGGACAACUACUACGACGAAGACUAUCCCAACUCCCAACCCGGCGACCAAGACGACGAGGAGGAAGGUCUCCCGAUGACCGCUUCCGACUCCGUCGCCCUGUUUCGCUCCCUGCUCGACUCCACCAAUACCAGCCCCUACACCACCUUCGACUCCCUGCUCGUCCUCCCACAACUGGUCGAGGAUGGCCGUUGGCUCUCCCUCCCCAAUAUGUCUUCCCGUCGCGACGCCUUCACGUCCUGGUCGCGUGAUCGCGUCGCUGAACUCGCCGCACUGAAGGAGCAGCAACAGGCUGCUGCCGCGGCUGCAGCCGAUGCAGCGGAUUCAGAUCCAAAAGUGCAGUACCUCUCCUUCUUGGCCGAGAAGGCCACCCCCAAGCUCUACUGGCCGGAGUUCAAGCGAAAGUACAAGCGCGAGGAGAUCAUGAAGGCGUAUGAGCCCAGCGACAAGGACAAGGAGAAGAUCUAUCGAGACUUUGUGGGGAAGUUGAAAUUGGGUUCUGGAGCAAGGCGGAAAGAGCUUGUCGACUUACUCAAGAGCGCUGAGAAGGACGGUGGAAAGAUUCCCCUGAAAGUCAAGCGAGAUGUCAGGUACUGGGCUGUGAGUCAGGCAGAGCGGGACGAGGUUGUUGGUGCUUGGCUGGGAUGA